CUUGCCUGGAAGAUACUCUGGCGAAGGAGAUCCCCCCCGAUUUGAAAUUUCUCUACAUCUAGCGCACCAUCAACUCCAACAUGAAGACUUAUAGCCUCUUGGGCACAGUUGCCAUCAUUGGCUCAUUCCCCUUCGCGUCGACGAAGACCCUCAACUUUGUCGCACAUCAGGAUGACGAUCUGCUCUUCCUCAGUCCGGACCUGAUCCGCGACAUUCUUUCUGGCGAACCCAUUCGCACCGUGUAUCUGACCGCCGGCGACGCUGGUCUGGGAUCGGACUACUGGCUGGGCCGCGAGCACGGCUCCCAGGCCGCCUAUGCGCGCAUGUCCGUCGCGAGCAACAACUGGAUUCAAUCCGACGCCGGCAUCGAUGGAAAGGCCAUCACCCUCUAUACCCUGCAAGAUGACAAUGACAUCUCCCUGGCCUUUAUGCACUUGCCCGACGGUAAUUUGGACGGAACCGGCUUCGCAGCCGACGAGAAUGACAGUCUGCAGAAGCUCUGGGAUGGGUCAAUUGAUGAGAUCCGGACGAUUGAUGGAUCGGGGACUACAUACACCCGAGAUGAGCUGCUGCAAACCAUUGCUGCCCUGAUCGAUGAUUUCGAGCCCGACGAGGUCAAGACGGGUGACUAUGUGAACGACUUUGGCGACGGCGACCACAGUGACCACUACGCCACCGGUUAUUUCGUCGACAAUGCCCUGCAAGCGUCCAACAGCAAUGCCGGUCUAACUGGAUACUACGGAUAUCCGAUCCAGGACAUGGAUGUGAACCUGAACGACUCGGACAUUGAAGACAAGACGAACAUCUUCUACGAGUAUGCCGCCUAUGAUACCGCCACCUGCAGCACUGCGGAUAGCUGCUCGAGUCGGCCCGAAUCCGCCUGGUUGCUGCGUGAGUACCAAGUUUAAGGCCAAGAUGGACUGCCACCCCCAGCUACGAUCACACGUUAUGUCUUCUUCUUUCUCAUCCUUAUUGACGUUAUUUUGUACUUUAACUUCACGACCUCUGGGAUGUUGUAUGACAGCCUGCUGUGUGUAUUUAGAAAUUGCAUAUCAAAUUCUACGGACCCUAGGAUAAACC